AAGAAAAGAAGUUUGUUUUCUUCCGGUGUCCGUCCAGCUGCUCAAAUGCGAACGUGGUAAAAGAAGGUACCAGAUGGAGUCCAUAGAGGAGGGGGCCCUCAGUGUGGGGGGCUCUGUGGGAGAGGAGAACUAUUUUCUGGGCUACACCUUCACAGACCGGUCCCACUCCAGCCGCGUGGUGAAAAACAUCAUGGACCUGUGCCUGGAGGAUGGCCUGUUUGCAGAUGUCACCAUCAUUGUGGACGGUAAAGAGUUCCACUUGCAUCGCUUGGUCCUGUCAGCGCAGAGCAGCUUCUUCCGGUCCAUGUUCACUUCCAACCUCCGAGAGUCACAUGACCGCACCAUCGAGCUGAAGGAUGUGAGCGCCUCUGUGUUCCAGCUGCUGGUGGACUACAUCUACCAUGGCACCAUCAGACUGCGCGUGGAGGACCUGCAGGACACGUACGAGAUGGCUGACAUGUACCAACUCACAGCGCUAUUUGAGGAGUGCUCUCGUUUCCUGUCCCGAACCGUGGAGGUCAAGAACUGUCUCCAGGUGAUGUGGCUGGCUGACAGGCACAGUGACCAGGAGUUAUACACUGCAGCAAAGCACUGUGCCAAGAUUCACUUGGUUCAGCUUCACCAGACUGAAGAAUUUGCUAAUCUGCCUUUCUGCCUUCUUUUGGACAUUAUCAAAGAUGGAGUUCCCAGUUCCCAGAAUCCCACUGUGGCUAUUGAGUCCUGGAUUAACCACAACAAAGUGGAAAGAGAGGAGUUCUCGUCUGUUCUGCGAGAGAAUCUCAAGGAGAUUGGAGAGAAUGUGCACAUCUACCUUAUUGGUAAAGAGGAGACUCGGACGCACUCUUUGGCCGUGUCUCUGCACUGUGAUGAGGACGAUGCCAUCAGCGUGAGUGGACAGAACAGCCUGUGCCACCAAAUCACAGCAGCCUGUAAACAUGGGGCCGACCUGUAUGUGGUGGGAGGAUCCCUCCCGCGGCGCAUGUGGAAGUGUAACAUGCACACGAUGGACUGGGAGCGCUGUGCCCCUUCUCCCCGCGACCGACUACACCACACCAUGGUCUCAGUUCUCAGUGAUGAUGUCAUCUACUCUCUGGGGGGAAAGACCCUUCAGGACACACUGUCCAAUGCAGUCAUUUACUAUACGGUCAAGGACAACAUGUGGACAGACACCAGCUCCCUGGAGAUCGCUGUGUCAGGUUCAGCGGGGGUCAAUCUAGGGGGCACCAUCUACCUGCUGGGAGGAGAGGAGAAUGACAUGGACUUCUUUACCAAACCCUCUCGUCUGAUUCAGUGCUUCGACACAGCCACUCAGAAGUGUCAAAUUAAACCAUACAUGCUGCCCUUUGCUGGCUGCAUGCAUGCAGCGGUGCACAUGGACGUGAUCUUCAUCGUAGCAGAGGGGGAUUCUCUGGUCUGUUAUAACCCUCUGUUGGAGAGUUUUACACGGCUGCGCUUCCCAGAGGUUUGGAGUUGUGUGCCCUCUCUGUGGAAGGUGGCCAGUUGUAAUGGCUGCAUAUAUGUAUUCAGAGACAAGUGUAAGAAGGGAGAUGCCAACACGUUAAAGUUCAACCCUGCCACCUCUGUCGUGACUGUUAUCAGAGGAAUCAAAAUCCUGCUCACAAACUGGCAGUUUGUUUUGGCCUAAAGUUUUCUCCACAGUCUGCAGUGACAGACAGGUGGGUCACAUGACACUGUGCUGUGUUUACUCAGCUGGUGUGCCGGCCCUCUGGAACCCAUCUCGCAGUGUGUCACUUUUAGUUUAUUAACCAUUUCAAAAGUGUUAUCAUAGUAUAUAAAUUUACAUUCUGCUAACAUGGUGGUCAGUUUAUUAAGAAACAAUGUUUUUUUCCAAUAUUCUCAAAGGUUUGACUGUGAAUAAAUGCAUUCGUA